UAUAGCUCAGGUGACAGAGCAAGACCCUGUCUCAAAAAAAAAAAAAGUUGGGAUAGAAAAAAAUUAAUCCAACAAUAUAAAUUCAAUAAGUAGUAUUUAGUGUCCACUAUGUGCCAGGCACAGAUUGGCGCUGAAAAUAGGGCAGAAAACCAGACCAGCAAAGUCUGUCACGAGCUUGAGAGGAAAACACCAGGCGUCCGGCCCUGCCCGGCAGGUCUGGGCGGGUGCGCUCUGAGUCACCCGAAUCUAGGUUGCGACCGCCUAGAGCGGCGUCCUCUCGGGAGCCACCUCCCAGCUGCCUCUUCCCUUUUGUCUGGGCGCCCGCGCUAGCGGGCCACUCUUGGUAGCCGCCGGUGCCUCGCGCGCUCCUCUGCUCUGUGCCGCGACCGUCGACAUGCUGCGCUGCGGCCUGGUCUGCGAGCGCUGCCGGUGGAUCCUGCCGCUGCUCCUGCUCAGCGCCAUCGCCUUCGACAUCGUCGCGCUGUCUGGCCGCGGCUGGCUGCAGUCGAGCACCCACAUCCAGACGUCCUCGCUGUGGUGGAGAUGCCCCGGAGAGCGCGGCGGCAGCGGGUCCCCAGAGCAAGGCUGCGAGAGCCUCAUGGUCUACGCGUGGGGAAGAGCAGCCGCCGCCACGCUCUUCUGUGGCUUCAUCAUCCUGGUGAUCUGCUUCAUCCUCUCCUUCUUUGCCCUCUGCGGACCUCAGAUGCUUGUCUUCCUAAGAGUGAUCGGAGGCCUCCUCGCCCUGGCGGCUGUGUUCCAGAUCAUCUCCCUCGUCAUUUACCCCGUGAAGUACACCCAGACCUUCAACCUUCAUGCCAAUCCUGCUGUCACUUACAUCUAUAACUGGGCCUACGGCUUCGGGUGGGCGGCCACAGUUAUCCUGAUCGGUUGUGCCUUCUUCUUUUGCUGCCUCCCCAACUACGAAGACGACCUCCUGGGCAACGCCAAGCCCAGGUACUUCUACACAUCCGCCUAAGGUGGGAACGAGAGCGGAAGGAAAUCGCUGCAGCUGAGAGGGAUUAUAGAGGAAGAAACUAUUUCCCCAGGCUACGUUGUACCUAUUUUUUUUUUUUUUUGCAGUGUUCAUACUAUUAAACUAGUCAAAAAUGCCUAAAUAA